AUGAUUUCAGCACUUCUUCUUUGGAAUCUAAGAAGUAUGAAGCGGGGUCAGAUUAAGCAGCCGAAUGUUGUCGUAGCAGAAUUCAAUGUCCCGCCACGUGACAAGACGCAGAUUCCAGUUACAGCUCUGACGGAUCAGUUAUCUAUCGUCGGUGGAGUUAUUUGGGCCGCUUCUGUGAUUGAUCCAGACUUUGAAGACACUUUCGAAGAAACUUCGUCCUCAAUGAGAAAGCCACUUGGUUCCAGAAGGAUGGAAUGCAAAGAUCUAAUCACAUAUCUCACCACGAAACAGUAUUACCCCGGUGCCUUAAAACCUGAAGAUUUCAUAAACAUCAAUGUCGUCCCACUAAACCAUUUUCUGAGGUGGUUCCUUCCGAAGAUCGUCGUUAUCAAUAUGAUAUGGGACCGAUAUGCAGAAUAUCUUGGUUACUUUGCAAACAAACACGAAUCAGCUGAAGCUGCUGCUCGUGUUUAUGACGAGCUUCUGAAUUCAACUAACUUCAACAUGGGAUUGACAAGGAUGAAAAUUUUCGAUGCCAGAAUCGUCCUUACAAGCAUAGAAGAUCCGGAAGAUCUACUAAAUGCUUAUGUCACAUACGCAUCUACAGGAAUAGUCAUAAACGGAGACAAUAAGUCAUCUGCAAUCACAACAAAAGAUACAAAUGCUGAUCGAGAGCUCGUGGACCAAUUCGUGGAAAAAAUUAGAAGCUUGGACAUAAUGAGGACGAUUAUUCAACUCAAAACAGAUGUUGUUUUUCUUGCCAAAAUCCACAACACGCUUGUCGUGGAGUACAUCGAGUUAAACGAGCAGUUGAGAGCAAAUCCCCCAGUUGAUAUGAACUAUCCAAAUUUGAAGAAAUGGACAAAAGAGAUUGAAGGGCUGUGCAAAAAGCUGGAAAACAUUCAUAGUGAAGCAGUGUCUAAUUUUCUCGAUUCGUUCAAUUGUGGUCAUGACGAAAAGGCUGGCCAGUCAACAAGCAAUGAUUCGCAACAAAUCUCAUCCGAGAAUCAACCAAAUGUAAAUAGGGAUAACUGGAAAUUGAUAAGUGACGAAAGCUCGCAGAUGCUCAAAAAUAUUCGCGAGAAGUUCAGCCGGUACAAUGAACUUCUAACAGAACCAGCAAAGAUCGAAGUGGAAACGAAUAGUGAGAACUUGGAUCUUGCAAACGCAACCGCAUCUACGGCUCAGAGACGUUUCGAAUCGUGUGAACAAGUCUUUGUGUUCCUGAACGAAUUUUCAAUAACUGGCGUCAACGAUUUAUCCUAUCAUCGUGCUAUUGCUAGCAUCGCAUCCGAUGCUCAUCGCGUGUUCUACGACCUUGCCUGGAAAGCGAGUCUUCUUCGUGACGAUUUUAAGGAUCAGGGCGAACGUGUCGAGCAGACGAGAGUUCGACUGGCAAAUCGGUUACAUACGGCAGAAAAACAAAAAACGGUUCGAACGCUCAAAAUCGACGUCCAAGAAGCCAAUAUCAAAGUUCGCGGGUGGCAGGCACUUCUGGCUAGUACAAAAAACUGA